CCUUUAAUCCCAACACCUCUGCUUUAGCUAUCUGUCUCUGUUUUUAAACCCCACUAGCUUAAAUCUUCUCUCUGCUUCCAAGAGAGAAAGAAACAAGAGCUCAAGGCAAUGGCAGCUUCUUCUUCAUCACUUUCUCUACUCUUUCUCGUCUUUCUCGUCUCUUUGGUUUUGUUUCCAUCUCUCAUCUUGUCAUCCAAACAAGACCCUGAAUUAGUCGUCCAUGAAGUACAAAAGGACAUUAAUGCUUCGAGGAGGAAUUUGGGCUAUUUUUCAUGCGGAACGGGGAAUCCCAUCGACGACUGCUGGCGGUGUGACCCGAACUGGGAAAAAAACCGCCAGCGGCUAGCGGACUGCGCCAUAGGGUUCGGGAAAAAUGCCAUUGGCGGAAAAGAUGGUAAAAUUUACGUCGUGACGGAUUCGGGAGACGACAACCCGGUGACUCCUAAGCCGGGAACUCUCCGCCACGCGGUGAUCCAGAACGAGCCCCUGUGGAUUAUUUUUAAACGUGACAUGGUGAUCAAAUUAAAGGAAGAAUUAAUUAUGAAUUCGUUCAAAACAAUUGAUGGCAGGGGAGCUAGUGUCCACAUUGCUGGCGGUCCAUGCAUUACUAUACAAUAUGUGACAAAUAUUAUUAUUCACGGAAUUAAUAUUCAUGAUUGCAAGCAAGGCGGCAAUGCUAUGGUUCGGAGUUCUCCACGGCACUUUGGGUGGCGAACGAUAUCGGACGGGGAUGGCGUGUCGAUUUUCGGGGGGAGCCAUGUGUGGAUCGAUCAUUGUUCGUUGUCGAAUUGUCAGGACGGGCUCAUUGACGCGAUAAUGGGGUCUACGGCUAUCACGAUCUCGAACAAUUAUAUGACACACCAUGAUAAGGUGAUGCUGCUGGGACAUAGUGAUACUUAUGAAAAAGACAAGAACAUGCAGGUCACAAUUGCGUUCAAUCACUUUGGUGAAGGUCUUGUUCAGAGAAUCCCAAGAUGCAGGCAUGGAUACUUCCAUGUGGUGAACAAUGACUACACUCACUGGGAAAUGUACGCGAUUGGAGGGAGUGCUUCGCCCACCAUCAACAGCCAGGGCAACCGGUUCCUUGCUCCGAAUAUUAGGUUCAGCAAAGAGGUGACAAAACACGAGGAUGCACCACAGAGCCAAUGGAAGCACUGGAACUGGAGAUCGGAAGGCGAUUUAUUGCUAAACGGUGCCUAUUUCACACCAUCUGGUGCCGGAGCUUCAUCCAGUUACGCGAGAGCCUCCAGCCUGGGAGCCAGACCCUCGACGCUAGUCGGUCCGCUCACAAGCGCUUCCGGUGUCCUUAACUGCAGGAAAGGCGCUCGCUGCUAGUACAAAAAUCGCGGUGUGAUUCGAAGCAGCUCUAAUAUAUACUAAUUAUAAAUGUCGGUAUUGAAAUUAAUAUCAUUGAAGCUACUCGUGCUGGACUCGUAGAAGAAAAGGAAGUUUAGCUAAGUUGAUCUAGGCCGGUGGAGAUUUACUACUUUACUAGAUCGGAUGUUUGAGUAUUGUUAGUCUUUUCGGUUCGUUCUUUUAUUCGACAUUGUUAUUCGUAUACAACCUCGGCUUGUUACUCUGUUCCAAGAGCUUAGUCCGACUCUUAGUUUAGAGGAAGCAAGUGUAGAAGUGUUGUUAUAUCUAUUCUUGAAGAUUAUAUAUACGAAAUAUGUUUUUAACUAGUA